AUGGCUUCGGAACCCAAAACGGGGGGUCAGAGACUCAACUCAGCAGCUCCCAUAUCAAGUCCAAUCCCCGAGAUCAUUAACUGGCCACUUCAGAAAUGCAAGAUGUGGCAUGGGAAAGGUCACCUCCCUCCUUGGAUCGAAGUCCGCCGAGUAGUAAGCGGAGCGAUCGAUGAGGGUCUCAGGACACACUCUCUUGAAGAACUGGUCGACAUCGUCAAGAAACCAUGCAGGGAGGCCGGGUUUAAGGCUGCGAGGAACAAGCGCGACAAGGACGCCCAGCUUGAGCGGGAAUACCAUAGCAUGGUCAUGGACUUUUUACAGCGGCGGGGACUGCAGCAGUCGAAUUCGUCACGAAAUGCCGGCUUAAGUAAAGGCGUUUCCGCGGGUGAUGCGAAAGAGCCAACAGUAGGAACCGAAGACCCGCAUACCGAUGCCCAAGAGCAAUCUUACGUGAAGGUAAACACGCCGGACCGACCCACCGUCGACAUCCCUCAACACACCGGUUUUUAUGCCAACUUCUUCAACAGCUUGUUUGUGCCCUCUAAUUUACAAACACCCGUCCCGGAGGCAGAUGACGGUCUCUGGGCGUCCGAGGACGAAUGGUCAGAAGUAACGUCACAAAUAACUCAGGGACCCAGACGCACGCUGGGCGAGGAGAAGCCUGAUGACGACUCCGAGGGGUGGGUGGAUGUAAAAGUGGAGCUGGACUCGGAAGAGGAUGUGGCGCACCGCUGGGGAAGCACAUGA